AAAUCUCGACAUGUUCAACUGUCCACCCCUAGCGAUAAUAAUUAGAAGCCAUGGACGACACAGUAGUGCAAUAUGGUCGCAUCGGAGCACGACACGGAUCCUUGUUCCAUCAGCGUUCAGUUUCCUAAACACAUUACGGGCUCACCCACCCGUACCCCGUCGACAAGCGUCCUCAACUCCUCUUACCGCCAAUUCUCCCGCUCCAGAGCCAGUCGACACACCAACAACCUCUGGACCAGCUUCUGAAGCGCUCUCUUCUAAAACUUUACCCGAAGACACGUCACCUCAACCAGCCUUGAGGGUGAAGCAGGCGAUUGUGCUGAACGAGACAGACUUGGAAGAAAGUUUUGUGAAAGGCUCUGGACCUGGAGGUCAAAAAAUCAAUAAAUGCCGACAUCGGGUGCAAUUGAAGCAUGUUCCGACAGGAAUUAUGGUAGAGUCCCAGCGAUUUCGAGAACUGGCAGCAAAUCGUAAAGAAGCACGCAAACUCCUCCGUCUCAAGCUGGAUGAAAUGAUUAACGGUGAUCUGUCCCGUCGUGCGCAGCAAAUAUCUAAAGAGCAGAAACGAAAGAAGAGACAAGCACAAAAGAGUAAAAAAAAGUAUGGCAAGUGCGAAGUUGAGGAAGGAGAGGUGGAUCUUGAGGGUAAUGCAGCAAGGCAAGAAGAGGGAACGAGGAAAGAAUCAGAAACAUGAUCGCCAGAGGCAUUGAUCUAGAAUGCUGAAUCCUGUCUUGCAAUUCGUCAUUGCAAGCCUCAUUUUGCCGUAGACGAGACAGCCAAUCAACAACCCCUCCCAGCACUUUCCAUGAAAGUCGAGCACUUCCUGGGACCAAGACGAUGCGCACAAGACACUGCUUGCAUGCAGAGACGGAGGGACGAGGAAAAAACGAGACCGUCGAAACAGAUGCAGGAUUCACAACCGGGGAUUGGGGCAGUCUAUCGCACGGCAAUCUACCGGACCAUUCGAAAAAAGAUGCAGGAUUCACAACCAGGGACUGGAACAGUCUAGUAGUAUGGCAUUCUUUCAAACAUGUACAGGAAUAAUAAAGCAAGCCAACAGAUAAUCUACACAUACAUAUAUGAAAAAAAAUAAAGAAUUUCCAUCGCCUUCCUCCCACUCCCAA